AUGGAUUAUGCCCAAUUUGGUGAUGUUGUCACAUUUGAUACGACUUAUAAGUUAAACAAAGAACAUAGACCCUUUGCAUCUUUUGUGGGAUUCAACCAUCAUAGGGAAACAAUUAUAUUUGGUGCAGCAUUGUUGUAUGAUGAGACCACCGAAUCGUUUGUAUGGUUGUUUGAAAAUUUUCUAGAGGCUAUGUCAAGAAAGGCACCAAAAACUUUGUUCACCGAUCAAGAUGCUGCAAUGGCUAAAGCCAUACCCAUCGUUAUGCCUCAUACAAGUCACCGAUUGUGUACUUGGCAUUUGAUGCAAAAUGCAUUAAAACACGUUAACUGUUUGUUCGAAGAUAAGGGAGUGAAGGGUGUAUUAAAUAAAUUCUUCUUUAACAUUGAAGAUGCAAAUCAAUGGAAGUUAGAGUGGGCGGAAAUGCUUGAUAAAUAUGAUGCGCAUGAAAACCAUUGGUUGAAAUUGACUUUUGCGGUGAAAGAAAAAUGGGGCUGGCCUUACGUUAGAUCAACAUGGGCUGCGGGAAUGAGUACCACACAACUUAGUGAAUCUUUUAAUGUUUUUUUGAAGGAUUACAUUCGUUCUGAUUUUAACUUAAAUGAAUUCUUCAUGCAUUUCGAAAGGGUACUUUACGAGAAGCGAUACAAGGAGUUAGAAGCAAGAUAUGCUUUGUGCCAAAGGUUGCCAAAGGUGAAAGCAACAAUAAGAAUGUUAAUUCAAAUGGGUAAUGUCUACACAAAAAAGAUCUUUGAGGAAUUUCAAAAUGAGUACUUUCAAUCCAUUGAAUCGGACAUAGAAGCAAUUGAAUAUGGCGAGGCUAGUACCAUUUACACAGUUGUUGAUGUUGGUAACAAACAUGCAAGGAAAGUGAAGAUGGACAGGGAUGGCUUUUUGGGUUGUAAUUGUACAAAGUUUGAAAGGAAAGGAAUCUUGUGUUGUCACUCAUUGAAGGUUAUUAGAGACAUAUUGAAGAUGAAAGAGGUUCCUCUACAAUACAUUCUAAAGAGGUAG